UGUGUGAAGAGAGGGAGGAAUGCUGGAUUUGUCUUUCUUCCUUUUUCUCCCCUUUUUUUUUAGGAAAGACAAGAAAAUCGAUAACAUUGAGAUACAGCAGUUCAUUGCCAAAAAAGCUGAUAUCCUUUUUGCUUAUUCAUGGAAAACAAAUGCAACGGCCGUUUCGGAACUAAAUGAAGAGAAUGAAGAAUAUUAUGCUGUUAUGCCACCCCUGGAACAAUUCAUGGAGGUUCCCAGUGAAGACAGGAGGGAGCUGUUUUUCCGAGAUAUUGAGCGUGGCGAUAUUGUGAUUGGGAGGAUUACUUCUAUUCGUGAAUUUGGUUUUUUCAUGGUGUUGAUCUGCAUGGGCAGCAGCAUGAUAAGGGAAAUCUCAGACUUAGAAAUCACUGCUCUUUGUCCAUUACGAGAUGUACCUUCUCAUAGCAGCCAUGGUGAUCCUUUAUCAUACUAUCAGACUGGAGACAUUAUACGAGCUGUAAUUAAGGACAUUGAUCGUUACCACGAAAAGAUCACAGUAUCGCUGCACAACUCUGUUCUUCCACCCAAUUUGUCUAGUACUAAACUGGGAGUAAUUAGCUCUGACGACUUGCCAUUACAUUAUAGGCGAAGUGUUGAAGUAGCCAAUACUUCGGAGCCAUAUGAAAAAGUCUUGCAUCAUUCUGUGGGAUUUGCCAAUCCAUCGGUAGUUGAAUUUUUAUUAGGAAAAAUGGGAAUAAAUGACUCUGACCCUCCAUCUUUAAUGAGAGGCCUGCAAAGCAAAAACUUCAAUGAAGAAGACUUUGCUUAUGCAUUGAGGAAGAAGCAAUCUGCAUCCUGGGCUUUAAAAUGUGUGAAGACUGGGGUUGAUUAUUUUAAGGCUGGCCGCCAUGUGGAGGCUAUGAAUGAAUACAACAAGGCCUUGGAAAUAGAUGAGCAAAAUGUAGAAGCGUUGGUAGCCCGUGGGGCACUCUAUGCGACGAAAGGAAGCCUGAACAAAGCCAUAGAUGAUUUUGAAGUUGCGUUAGAAAACUGUCCAACCCACAGAAAUGCAAGAAAAUACCUCUGUCAGACGCUUGUGGAAAGAGGGGGACAGUUGGAAGAAGAAGAGCAACUGCUAAAUGCCGAGAGUUACUAUAAGAAAGCCUUAAAUUUGGACGAGACUUUUCAAGAAGCAGAAGAAGCCUUAAUAAAAGUCCGCAAGCAUAUACAGAAAUCUUUGGAAAUAAGGGAGAAGCAAGCUGCAAAAGAAGAGAGACAGAAAGAAAAGAAAAUAGAAACAAGUGCACAAAAAUUGCGUAAGCUCUUAAAAGAAGAAAAAAGGCUGAAGAAGAAAAGGAAAAAAUCAGCUUCUUCCUCUUCCUCCUCAAGUGACUCUUCCUCCAACGUAUCAGAUUCCUCCUCUUCAUCGUCCUCUUCCUCUGAUCACAAAAAGAAGAAGAAAAGGCAUCGGAAUCGGUCUGAGUCCUCCCACAGCUCCAAAAAGCAUUCAGCUAGGGCAUCUUUUCCUCAGAAAGAUCAGAGUAGGAAAGAUGAGUGGUAUUCGCCUCCAGCUGAUACCUCUGCUUCCUUCCUUAACCAAAAGUUUGAAAUGGAAAAACUGCUGGAGAGGCAGGACAGUUUAGUUUAUCAAAAGACAGAGGUAAGAGAGAAAGAUAGACAAUGUUCUCAAUCGAGGAUGUCAGCUGAUGAUGAAGACGUUUUUGGAGGUAGGUCUGAAGAUUCAAGGGAUUCUUAUAGUAGCUCCAAGACUCAGGCAAGUAGCAGCAAAAUGGAAAAACAGGGUAAAACAGAUAGAUCCUCUUCCAGUAGGAGGGGUUCCUCAGGUUCAUAUCACAAGAGGUCAGAUGAUAAAACCAGGGCAUAUUAUUCUAGAAAAUUAGAAAGGGAAGUAGAGGGGAGAAAGGAACCAUUUAGAAGACACAGCUCAGGUCAGGGCAAGUAUUUCUCAUCUCCAGUAGGGUCUGAUUAUUCCAGCAGGUCAGUGGAAAAAUACAAGCAACACUCCAGCGGCUGGUAUGAAGCCAGUAGACAUUAUGAUGAGGACAGAUACGAGCUAACUCAUCAUAAAAAUGAAAGGGAGUAUAAAAACACAGAAGGCUGUUCUGGGGACGCAACAAAAACAACAGAAGUAGAUGAGGAAACUACACUGAGUGGCAAAGGGCAAUCGGAGAGUGGUGUUAAAAGGAGCCUGCCCCAGAACUUAAUCAAUAUAUUCAAUCAGAUUGCUGAAUUUGAGAGAGAAAAAGGAAGUAAGCAGAAAAACCAAUGAAUUGCCUAGAAAAAGAAUGCUGCAUUAUGCUGGAUGCAAUUAAAGGAUAUUAUUUAAAUCUGAUAUCCCUUGUGGAAAGUGUGUGCCCUUAAAAUGCCUAUAAAAAUUGGCAGAGCUCUCUCUUCUGUCUUGGAAAGUGUUUGUUAAAGGUUGGCAUAAGUUAAAUUUAUGAGAGAUCAUUUGACACACAUAUAUAUGCAAGAGUAUUUCAUGUUAUAUCAGCCAGCUUCUUAAGAUCUUAGUUCACUGUGCUCUUACUUAAGAUACUCCUGUAUUAUAAUGUUUAAUCGGGUGAAAACUUAAUUCUUCGUUACCCUUAAAAUAUAGCUAGUUUGUGUGACUGAUAUCGGAUUUGCACUUUAAACACAGGCAAUCUUAAGGUACUAUCGACUGUUACUAUUUUUGUAUUAGACCUAACCUUCAGCUACUGAAAGGGAUUAUUCGACUGAAGCUGAUGUGCCAUCAAUGUAUAU